ACCGAAAGCGGGUAGAAGCCGUCUCGGCGCAGCUUAUAAUCCCCGCCUAUCGAACAAGCCAGAGAGAGAGAGAGAGAGAGAGCGGAAGAGAAGGCCAUAGGAGUGAUGGCAGCGGCACUCUCCGAGACCUGGAAAGCGAUCGAUGUUUCGGAGAGCUGUCUGGUUUGCUGCAUGUUUGAGGAGGCUGCAUCUCUGUCUUCUUCUAUUCUUCGGCAAAUACAUACUACCCCAUCUUCAGAAGCAAUAGAUGAUGGUGAACUGGCCGAAAUGAUGGUAUCAGCUGGUAUGGUGUUUGUACAAUCACUGAGAGAAAUGAGGAGGACAUCUGAACUGCUGAUUGAACUUAAAACAUUGUAUGGUUCAGUGGCAGCUAUACCUGUUCAAGUUUUCCUAGCAUGGGCUUGCAUGCAAAUAGCAGAAGGAUUUUCAUCCAACCUAAGAGAAAUCUUCGAGGAGUUUCUCAGCAAGUGGAAAUAUCUAGAUGGCAAUGUCUAUGUUUUGACAGAAGCAGAAUCACGAAGCUCUUCUGCAGGAGGCAUAAGGCAGUCAAUCAUGAAUGCUGAAAAGUAUUUAGAGGUGGCAGAAGUUUACACCAUAACCCUCCUUGGGAUGAUCUUGCAUAAUUCUGACCUGGCUAUAUCUUGGACAGAGAGAGCAGAGCUGCCUGAAGAAAAACGCCAGGACAUGUUGAGGAGAUUGCACUCACUGCAUUGUGCUACAGAGUCUAGCUCAUCUCCAGGUCCAAGGACAAUUAAUUCUAUAGAGAAAACUGGCAGCUUAUCUGCUUUUGACACCGGGUCCACACCCUCCGGAUUUGAAAAUUAUCCUAAGACCAUCAGGCCAUUAUCCCAUUCAAAUGGUGAUAAAUCAAAAGCAGAUUCAUUUAAAUCCGUUCAUCCAACUAUUCGGCGCAUUUCGGAUCAGAUCCAUCCAUGCUUAUGUUGGUUUCGCACAGUCCAUUUGAGGUUGGGCAACAUUCACUUGGUCCUUCAGCAUGGAAGGUUAAUGCUCUUGGGUCCAUUGAUAUUUUUAACAUAUUACAUUCUGCAGAAGAAAGGUGCAGUCUUGAAGCGGAUAGUAGCCAAAGGAGCGUCGUCUAUAAGAAGUGCUUUGAUUGAUGCUUGGCGGCUUGCAUUUUCUGUCCAGGUGAACCCACUGGCUGCUGUUCAACAGCUGCCUUCUGGCUCGCUGGGAAACAGGUGAUCUUGUGGUAGGGGAAUGAUAAAAAAUUGCGGGGUGCAGUAUAAUUCAAGUGAGUUCUUUUUGCCCUUUUUCGUGGUGCCUAUUAUAUCUUCUGUUGAAGAGUUUCAGAUUUCGAAACUGUAGUUUGUUAGUUAGUGUCAUGAACCAUGCACCACUGUCCAGCAUUUGCAUGGUGUUUUUACUUGUUGGGUAGUAGGAAAACUGCGUUGUAUCUAGGACCAAAUCAUAAGUUAUCAAAUGGGUAUAUGAUGAAAAUUGUUCAGCA